AUUUAGUCCAGCGCGCGAAUAUACAAGACGGCCCCUCGACGCUCCCUCCCCUGUGUCCUCGCACCUUUUUUCAGUUUUCUUGUAUUGUAUAGACUCUCCACUCUUCCGUUGGGGCGUCUCUACAUUCACACGUUUGAUACCCGGGUUUCUUCACCCUCUCGCGCUGUUGGGCACCACUCACGCUUCAGCCGCCGCGAACAAGGCGAUACCUAUCGAUAAGGAGCCCCUCCAAAAAAGAAAUCCCUCGUCGCGGAUUUCACAGCCAGCACAGCACCCAGGCACAGCAGGCUUCUCUCGCAGAUGCCGCACUCUGAGUCGCCGCCCAUGGCUCCUGCUAUCGUCGUCGACAAGGCCAGCGCCGCCCCCGCGCCCUCGCAGGAGGAUGUCAGCGCCUUUAUCAGCAGCAUCGUCACGGCCAAGACGUCGCACGCCUCCGUCGACGCCGCCUACGCCCUCACCACCCUCCUCCAGAACUCGGUCGGCUUCCGUGGCCUGACUGGCUAUGGCAUACUCGAGGAGAUCAAGAAGUCAGCCGCCAACAAGAAGGACGCCGUGAGGAGAGAGGGUGCCAUGAACGCCCUUGGUGCCUUCUUCGAGCGUCUCCCACGCACACAACGCCUGACCGAGGUUAUCUUCCUCGUCCAGGACGCGGCGCUAGUCCCGCUCGCCCUCGACUUGCUGGCAGACAAGACUGCCUCCGUCAAGGAGUCGGCCAAGUACGCCCUUGACUCGCUUUUCGAGAACCUCAGUGCCGAGGCCAAGAUCUGGGGUCUCUUGCCUGUGCUGACACAGUACCUGGGCAAGAAGUCCGGAAAGUGGCAAGGUGCUGCUUUCGCCUAUGAGCUCAUCGGCCGCAUGGCCGACAAGGCCAAGAUGGGCAUGGAGAGCCUCGAGGUGGAGAAGGAGAAGGAUGUUCUCCGUGACGCCAUGGGCAAGAAGCUCGAGGGUCUCAUCCCCAUUGUCGAAGCCGGCAUGCACGACCUCAAGUCCGAGGUCGCCAAACAGUCCGUCAAGACGAUGAACAGCCUCACCACCCUCAUCCAGAACGACGAUAUCGCGCCCCGGAUACCCUUCCUUGUCAAGGCUAUCGAGGACCCCUCCACACAGAGUCUGCAGAAGGCUAUCCACGCUCUCUCCCAGACUACCUUCGUCGCUAUCGUCACAUCUCCCGUUCUUGCUAUGGUCACACCCCUGCUUGAGCGCUCCCUGAACACCCCCACCACAUCUCAGGAGGUCACUCGCCAGACCGUUGUCGUAGUUGAGAACUUGACCAAGCUCGUCCACGACCCCAUUGAGGCUCGCGCCUUUUUGCCCAAGCUCCGCCCAGGUGUCAAGGCCGUUAAGGACCGCGCUUCCCUGCCCGAAGUCCGUGAGAUCGGUCAGCGCGCGCUGGACGUUAUUGAGAAGGCCAUGGCCGACCCAGACCACAACAUCGACAGCGGCGCCAUCGCCAGGGUACAGCCAUCAGAAGUCCAAAGCGUCAUUGAGAAGCAGCUCAGCGCUACUGCCAAGGUGCUCGACUUCCCUGGAGACGCCGAGGUUUUGGCUGUCACUAAGCGCUACAUCUCUGAAAUGAUUGCGGAAGUUGUCCACCAGCGGGAGCUUCAGCGCAUCCCAAAGCUCGUUGGACCCUACUUGGAGCCUCUGGUCAACGCUGGAGACGCCGACAAGGUCGCAGAGGCCGUGCACCAGUUCUACGUGGACGAAGACCACCGCAAGUUUGGCCAGCCCGUCAAGGAGGACGAUGGCGAGGUCGAGAUUGUCAACGCCGUAUUCUCCCUCGGUUACGGUGGUAUGUUGCUCCUCUCGCACACCAAUCUUCGCCUGCUCAAGGGUCACCGCUAUGGUCUCUGUGGCCGUAACGGUGCUGGAAAGUCUACACUCAUGCGCAGCAUUGCGAGCGGCAAGCUCGAAGGUUUCCCUCCUCAAGACGAAGUCAAGACCUGCUUUGUCGAGCACAACCAAGGAGAGGAUGCCGAUCUCUCCAUUCUCGAGUACAUCGUCCGCGACCCGCGCUUCGCGGACGAGAGCAGGGAACGUAUCGAAGAAGUUCUCGAGGAGGUCGGUUUCACCGCUGGCCCCGAAGGCAGGCAGUCCCACAAGGUCGGCUCUCUAUCUGGUGGAUGGAAGAUGAAGCUCGCUUUGGCGCGUGCUAUGCUUAUGCGCGCCGACGUGCUUCUUCUCGACGAACCCACCAACCACUUGGAUGUUGCCAACGUUGCCUGGCUCGGAAAGUACCUCAAGUCUCACACCGAGAUUACUAGCUUGAUCGUCUCUCACGACUCCGGUUUCCUUGACGAGGUCUGCACAGACAUCUACCACUACGAGCAAAAGAAGCUGGUUUGCUACAAGGGUAACCUUGCCGAUUUCGUUCGACAGAAGCCUGAAGCCAAGAGCUACUACACUCUCUCGGCUACCCAGGUGCAGUUCAAGUUCCCUCCUCCCGGUAUUCUUACUGGUGUCAAGUCGAACACUCGCUCUAUCCUGCGUAUGACCAACUGCUCCUACACGUACCCUGGCGCUUCCAAGCCAUCGCUUGUUGAUGCUUCUUGCAAUUUGUCUCUUUCGUCUCGAGUUGCCAUUAUUGGCGCCAACGGUGCUGGUAAAUCUACUCUCAUUAAGAUGCUUACUGGCGAGACUAUUCCUCAAGAGGGUACCGUCGAGAAGCACCCCAACUUGCGUAUCGGUUACAUCAAGCAGCACGCUCUCGAGCACGUCGAGAUGCACAUGGAGAAGACGCCCAACCAAUAUCUCCAAUGGCGAUACGCCAACGGUGAUGACCGUGAGGUGCUCAUGAAGCAGACACGUGUGCUCACUGAGGAAGACAAGAAGCAGAUGGAAACUCCCAUCGAUCUGGGCGACGGCAAGGGCCCCCGCAAGAUUGAGGCGCUCAUUGGUCGUUCCAAGUACAAGAAGACCUUCCAGUACGAAGUCAAAUGGCUGCACAUGCUGCCCAAGUUCAACACGCACAUCUCGCGUGAGACUCUCAUUGAGAAGGGUUUCAGCAAGCUUGUGCAGGAGUUCGACGAUCACGAGUCCUCCCGUGAGGGUCUCGGUUACCGUGUCCUCGAGCCCAAGGUCAUCUCCAAGCACUUUGAAGAUCUCGGCAUGGACCCCGAGAUUGCGAACCACAACGAGAUCUCUGGUCUUUCCGGAGGACAGAAGGUCAAGGUUGUGCUUGCCGGUGCCAUGUGGAACAACCCGCAUCUCCUCGUUCUCGACGAACCCACCAACUUCUUGGACCGCGACUCGCUCGGUGGUCUCGCUGUUGCCAUUCGUGACUACAAGGGUGGUGUCAUCAUGAUUUCGCAUAACGAAGAAUUCGUUGGUGCUCUCUGCCCCGAGCAGUGGCACGUCGCCGACGGUCGCGUAACUCACAAGGGUCACCUUGCCGUCAACAUGGACCGUUUCGAAGACUCGCGCCCUGGAUCCAGCAACGUUAGCAGUAACGUCAGCUCCGCUGCGCCGUCAACAACUGGUACCCCAGUCAUGAGUGACGCCGAGGGUAACAAAGAUGACAUGAAGUUCAGGUCAAGGAAGAAGAAGAAGAUGACCAAGAAGGAACUCAAGGACAGGGAGGUCAGGCGUAGAUUGAGGUACAUCGACUGGUUGAACAGUCCCAAGGGUACACCUCAACCACCCAACACUGAUGACGAGGCCGAGUGAGUGUCUUUACGGCUGUUUCGGAUUACGAUCGCGUUAUGAUAUCUUAGACCAUGCAGAUUUGCAUUGCUCGGCGUUUUAUAGAGGCUUGGAUGACUGAUUGCGUUUGCAUCAAGCGAUAGAUUAUGACUUCUUCGCCUAGCUGCAUCCUUAUGAUGAAUCAAAAAGCAUUUCUUCUUCUUCAAAAAACUACAGUGCUCC